AUGAAUCAACCCCCUUUAUCCAGAUCAGGAGUUUCUAGAGUGAUGUCAUCAUCUUCACCAGUUAUGCCAAGCCCUGUAGAAGGGAAAUAUCCUAAACUGCCCGAUUCCCUACUGGUCUCUAUGGAGAGGGAGCGUAGAACUAACGUAUUGUCCCCAAAUCCAACUUGCCUAGUCUCCAACAGUGGUGUUGUGGGGCCUUUAUUUUCAUCAGAUUCAGGAAUUUCUUCAAAUCUCCAAUUUUCUUCCAUGUCCCCUCACGGGAGGCAUCCGAGCUCUUCCUGCAUCUCCCCAACACCAAACAGUGGCGCAUCUUUUCUUUUAGCAAUUUCUUCAAAUUCAGGAAUGUUUCAGCCUUCGUCAUCCAGUUGCCUGUCUAGAGAUUCUAGUGAACUCAUCUGGUCGCCAGAAACCAUUGAGGACUUCCUUGUUGGAGACGGUGCUCCUGUUGAGAAUGCUCAAAGACAGAGUGCUACCAUUGUGAGUGCUGAAGAUCCCAAGCAACAUGACUGGCCCGAUUGGGUGGGUAGCGAUGAUUUGGGGAGCAGCUGGAAUGAAUAUCUCCUUGAUACUGAUGCUACUGCCACUGAGUCUAAGGUGCCUACUUUAUCCCUGUUAUGGCAGUGGCUGUGCCAUCUCCAUAGGAGAUAAGUCUUGUACCAUCUUCCAUCGUCUCUGCACGUAUGUUAGGGUUUUAACUCAUUUUGUUGCAUCUCUUCAGGUGCUGUGUGCAGCACCACAACCAUUGACGCAAGUUGCAGCACAACAACCACAUAUUCUUCAACAAUUACCGUCUCAUUCUGGGGAUAUUUUUCUGAACAACUGCACCUCACCGUCUGCAAGUAACGCACCAGUCAAGCAAAGGAUGCGCUGGACACCAGAACUUCACGAGCGCUUUGUGGAAGCUGUCAAUCAGCUUGGUGGCAGUGAAAGUAUGCGAUGCCAUCUUUCCUGCAUAUUGUUUGAUGGAAGUGCAAAGUCCCUCCUUUUAUUAAAUACUUGAUUAUGUUUCAACAGGAGCUACCCCUAAAGGAGUUCUGAAACUCAUGAAAGUUGAUAACCUGACCAUUUAUCACGUUAAAAGCCACUUGCAGGUAUGCGCAAAGCUCUCCUCCUGGAUGAAACUUUGCCAAGAUCCACUCUGGCUUCACGACUUUUUUCUUUCUUUCUUUUUUCUUCUGUUGAUUGCAGAAAUACAGAACGGCUCGAUACAGACCCGAAUCCUCAGAAGGUUAGUGAAUGCAUCACUUUUUUUUAUUGGAGACUAGAACUUAAAUAAACAGCAUAGCGUGUUUCUGUUAUCUUAGUCUCCCAGUUUCAUACCCAGUUCUUGUUGCUAUGUUUCUCUUCUCCCUCUCUCAAAGCACCCGUCUUCAGGUUCAAUUAUCAGGAGCUCGAUUGCCGUUUGGCGUAGAGUUUCUCUUUUACUAUUCUUCUGUAAUUAAAGAUUCUCUAUUGCACUUUGAUCUUCACGUAUGCCUUUUUUGGUUAUAUAACUUUUGAGAUACCAAAGAGAGUUUCAUGCGACAUGCUCUCUCAUGAAUCUGUGGCCACUUCCAUAUCUUUCAUGCAGGUACUGGAGAGAAGAAGGUUUCUGCUAUUGAUAAAAUCUCUUCUUUGGAUCGAAAGUCGUAAGUUCCCCACAACCCAUCCUGAAAACUUCUAGCGUCAUAUCUAUUUUUUUUUAAUUCCUGCGUGCGUAGAAAUAACUGUGUCGGCAGUUCUUGUGUCCAUCCAUUGAGACGAUGUUGACCUCUAAGUGUUGUCAUCCGCUUUGUAAACUCUUUGAAGCUGACAUCACAAACUUAACAUACCAGGAUUUGUUGUUAGAGUAGAUCAUGUUGGAUUUUAGAUGGGAAAUUACAGAUGAAACUAAGAGUCUACAAUGGCUGCUUUGCCAAAUAAUUUGAUUCAAAACCUGGUUACCGGGCACCCAAGUUGUUUCCCAGGAGACAAUUAAUCCCCACGAUGAUGUUAAAAUAAUGGGGAAAAUGGAAUAAUCUGUCCGUCCUACAGAGAAUGGAAGACUGCAAGCUGAAACCAGCAGGAGUUGUGGAAUAGCAAGAAAGAGAAGAACAGAUUACCUCGUUCUUUGAUGCUAUCAGUCGCCAGCCAUGGCUGCCGGCUGUGACUGCUAUUCUUUUACCCUUUUUAUUUUUUUUAUGUUGAUAUAAUCAUGUGAUUUAUAAGUACUUUUUCAUUUGAACCAUGGUUCUGUCUUCCCCUCUGGCUCGGCCAUUUGGCUGCUCUGGUCUGAUCUGAUCUGAACCAUGUUAGUGCAAAAUAAGGCAAAAAUAUUCCCGCCUUGUGAAAUUACGAUAUGCCCUACAGAAGUAAAAUAUUUAUUGUCAGAAAUCUCUAACACACUCCGUCGUUUUUUCUUGGUAAGAAAUUUGUUCUGAGAUAGAACUCUUCUUAAUCUUUUUCCAGCGGUAUUGAUAUCACCGAAGCAUUGCGGCUGCAGAUGGAAGUUCAGAAACAGCUUCAUGAACAACUCGAGGUGCAUUUCUUUGGUGUUGGGCUGCUCUGACUUUCCCCCAUUACUCUCCGCAUUUCUUUGGGCUUGCACUAAUAUACCAUCAUGAGGCCGCCUUAUUCGAUCAAAUUAUUAUCUUAUUAUUCGAAAUGAACAGAAGCUAGUGGUCAACGGCUGAGUUCAAAUGCGUUUGUUUCUCUGCAGAUCCAGAGGAAUCUGCAGCUGAGAAUCGAAGAACAGGGGAGGUACCUCCAGAUGAUGUUCGAAAAGCAGUGCAAGACAGGGAAGGAGAUGUUUAACCUCCCUCCUGCAUCGGACAUACCCUCAGUCCAAUCUUUAGGCAUGAACCAAUCCAACCAUGGAAGUGAAGCUCCUGAGAAAGAUCCGUCCAGAGCCUGUGAUCAGGUCCGGGCUGAUCUCGAGAGAGCCGAAGAGAGCCCACGGAAGGUGGGCGCCGAGCUGAAGAUGUCUGAAGCAGAGCCCUCCGCCGAUAUCACCUUGAGUGACAUCGGCGAACCCCAAUCUCCCCCCUUGAAGCGCGCGAGAGAAAGCAACGAGGCCAACCCAUCAGUCCCAGCAGCAGCCUCAGACUAA